AUUUAUUUACAACUUCAGUAACUCGUUUGCGACUUAGCGUAGCGUUCGUGUAACGUGUUGCCAUUCAUGUAUCCUCCAGUAAAGUUUUUUAUUUAAUUUACAAAGUUCUUUCGAUUUAAUUGAAAGUCCUAUACACACAUACACAUCGGAAAUUAUUAUUGUAUUUAACUGUCUAUAUUUUAAGUGAAAAAUGUCGAGUUUUAAGCAAACGCCAUUAACCUGCAGCGGACACACCAGGCCAGUCGUACACUUGGAUUUCAGCGACAACACAGACUAUGGAUAUUUCUUAAUAUCUGCGUGCAAAGAUGGAAAACCCAUGUUGAGACAAGGAGAUACUGGUGAUUGGAUUGGUACGUUUGAAGGCCACAAAGGUGCUGUUUGGGGGGUAGCCUUGAACAAAGAAGCGACAGUAGCUGCAAGUGGUGCUGCAGAUUUUGAAGCUAAGGUAUGAAUACUAUUUUUUAAUGAAAUAAAUAACUAGUUUCAGCCUUGAGUUUAACUUCCUUGUAUGUUAUUGUUUAUUUGCUUCCUA